AUGAGGAAUGAUGGCCUGGGAUCCUGGUCUACUUUGGAUGCUUCAGGGGAAGAUCUUGGAGCAGAAAAUGGAACGGACCUCCUAACCCCCCAGGAUGGUUUUGAUCAUGAAUUAUCACCAUAUCCUAUAGAAGACAUUUUUAUCUCUGUCUCCAUUUUAUUUAUUAGCAUUUUUGGACUUAUGGGGAAUGGAAAUGUCAUCUGGUUUCUUGGCUUUUGCAUGAAGAGGAAUCAUUUCACCACCUUCAUCCUGCAUCUGGCUGCUGCUGACCUUGGGGCACUCAUAUGCUUAUUUACUUUUUCCAUUAUAUAUCUUCUGGAGUCAUUUUCAUUCUUACAUGCCAGUGAUUAUUAUUUCAAUAUAAUAUCUUUUGGCACCUUUGCUUUAUUGUUCAUGUACAACACUGGUCAAUAUCUGUUGACAGCCAUUAGCAUGGACAGGUGUGUUUCUGUCGUCUUUCCCCUUUGGCAUCGAUGCCACCGACCACCACACUAUUCCACCCUUGUGUGUGCCUUAAUAUGGAUCAUUGCUUUCCUGCUCACUGUAAUCUUCAUGAUUCUUUUUAUUUUUAGAGUUAUAACGAAUUCCCUUUUCUACCUGUUUCUAAUGAAUGCUAUACUUUGCCUCCCACUCAUGACCGUUUCCACUCUGGUCCUGUUUAUAAAAGUUUACUGCAGAUCACAACAGAGGAAGAAGGGGAAAACUGUAACAGCCAUCCUACUAGCCCUCCUUUUCUUCCUCUUCUUAGCUUUCCCAUUUACUUGCAUUUCAUUAAUCCAUUUUUCCCUUGAAAGUGGAAACAGUACUAAAAUAUUUAUUGGGCUCUUAUGCAGCUGCCUAAACAGCAGUGUUAACCCUUUGAUUUAUUUCCUGGUUGGAAGAAAGAAACACAGUCGAUCAAGGGAGAGCUUGAAGCUCAUAUUACAGAGGCUUUUUAAGGAGGAGGAAGAUGGGAGAAAGAAGUGA